CAAAGAGUUUGUAAACAAAACAAAAAAAAAGGAAAGAAGCAAAGCUUCUGUGUGUGAGUGUCACUUCUACCUUAUCUACAUCCGCUACCUUAGAGCUCCAAGUUUACAGAGAAAAAACCAGAGAUGAAGGUGGAACAAGUGCUUCAUAUGAACUCCGGGAUGGAAGAAGAGACUAGCUAUGCUCACAACUCCUUGCUUCAGCGGAAGGUCUUGUCAAGGACUCAACCCAUAACAGAGGAAGCCAUUGCAGGACUGAUAAGCAGCUGGAAGUUCCCCAUAAGAAGCUUGGCCAUUGCCGAUCUAGGCUGCGCUUCAGGACCCAACUCACUUCUACCCGUGUCAGUAAUCGUCAAAGCCGCCGAAAGGGUCAGCAGAGAGCUCGGCAGGAAAUCCCCUGAGUUUCAGGUUUUCCUCAACGACCUCCCUGGCAACGAUUUCAACCAGGUUUUCAAGUCACUGCACAAAUCUUCUAAUUCCGAAUCAUUGGUGUUCUUCAACGGGGUUCCAGGGUCAUUCUACGGCCGGCUUUUCGCGGCGGAAAGCCUGCACUUCGUCCACUCCUCCUACAGCCUGCACUGGCUGUCUCAGGUCCCUGAAGGGCUGAACCAAAACAGGGGAAACAUUUUCAUGGCGGGAAACAGCCCGCCGAGCGUCCUGAAGGCGUACACCGCGCAGUUUCGGAGCGACUUCUCGUCGUUCCUGAGGUGCAGGGGACAGGAACUGGUGCAAGGCGGGCGUAUGGUUCUGACAUUGCUCGGGAGGCGAAGCGAGGACCCAUCGAGCAGAGAGUGCUGCUACUUUUGGGAGCUCAUCUCCAUUGUCCUCAAUCAAAUGGCAUCCGAGGGGCGGAUCGAUCAGGAGAAAUGGGAUUCUUUCAACAUUCCGUUUUACAUGCCGUCCCCCAUGGAAGUGAAGGAUCAAGUCCGUGAGAACGGCUGCUUCGUGAUUGAUCGGUUGAAGGUUUGGGAGUCGAGCUGGAACGCUUACGACGGGGAACCAAACCUGCCGGAGGCCCUACAGGAUCGCGGCUGCAAUGUGGCGAAAGGGAUGAGAGCUGUGCUGGAGCCGUUGUUCGUCCGUCAAUUGGGUCCGCCGUCUGGAGUCGUCGACGAGAUUUUCAGGAGGUUUGGUGUUGUUCUCUCUGAUCGGAUGGCCAGAGAAGAAACGAACUACAUCAAUCUGACCGUCUCCUUGACCAAUCUUUGA